UUUGUACGAUCUUAAUGUGGUUGACUAAAAAAAUAAACUUGCACCAUUAUAGUUAACAAGGUGCUCCCAUUAGUCCACAUUCUUGAUCCGUCCCUGCUUGGGGUUACUUCUUGAUAUCUUUCCCUCUAUAUAUACAUGUGACUAUUCUCACCUAGCUUCAUUGCAUAUAAAAAGAGAUCUCCAUAUAAUCUAGCUUCAUUUCCGCAGAAGAAGAAAAAAAAAAGCCCAUAUAUGAAGAACUCAUCUUCGUUCCUAUGUCUUCUUCUUCUUCUUCCUCUUGUCACAGCCCAACUAGAAGUUGGUUUCUACGACAAAAAAUGCCCCCGGGCAGAGCAAAUUGUUCGAAGUGUGAUAGUGAAGCAAUUCGGCAUUGACAAAACCAUUACAGCGGCAUUUCUUCGCAUGCACUUCCAUGACUGCAUGGUCAGGGGUUGUGAUGCAUCCGUACUCAUAGACCCGACAAGCACCGCCCCGUCCGAGAAAGACGCGGUGCCCAACCAGACGUUACGGGGAUUCGACAUCGUCGACAAGGCCAAGAAAAAACUGGAGGCCAAAUGCCCCGGAAUCGUCUCCUGUGCCGAUAUCAUAGCACUGGCGACCAGAGACAGCGUGUUUCUAUCCGGCGGACUGAACUAUUCGGUGCCGACAGGGAGACGCGACGGCCUGAUCUCAAACCCGAACCUCGUGAACCUGCCGGGGCCAACAGUCUCUGUGUCACAGGCGUUGCAAUUCUUCGUCUCGAAAGGGCUGAACCUAUUUGACUUGGUGGUUCUCUUGGGCGCGCACACGGUGGGCAUCGCGCAUUGUGGUUUCUUUCAGGACCGACUUUUCGACUUUCAAGGUACGCGUAACCGGGACCCUACUAUGAAUCGGGCUCUGUGGUUGAAGCUGUUUGGGAUUUGCGGGACGCAAGUAUUGCCUUUGUUGGAGGAACCAACCGCGUUUUUGGACCAAACCACGCCUUUUACCAUCGAUAACAAGUACUACCGCGACAUUCGUAAGAGGAGAGGGAUACUGCAGAUUGAUCAGGAGCUUGUGUUCCGUAAUUCUACUGCAUCUCUUGUGUCGGCUUUCGCGAACGACCCCGAUGGGUUCCAACAGAGUUUUGCGAAUGCGUUGGUGAAGAUGGGGAGGGUUGGUGUUCUUGUUGGAAAAGCUGGAGAAAUUAGAGAGAAUUGUAGAGUUUUCAAUUAGCCAAGCUACUCGGAAAGAAUAAUCUAGGGUCAUUUUUUGUUAACUCAUGCUGUCCGGGCCAACUUUCGCGCGUGCACCUCGACAAAUUCUUAUACACCAAUCUCACCGUUACCUAGCCGAAGCCCAUUUAAAGUUUAAAAACAAAUGUUGGGUCUUGUAAGAUUUUUCCUUUAUUUGCCAUAGCUUUGUUAUGUUUCAAAAUUAGUAACACUUGGGUACAUAUAUUCAUUAAUUGUCUUGUUGGCAUUCGAUGGAACUGACUAUUUGGAAUUUCUUAAUAAUUUAU